AUCACUUUCUUUCUUUGCUCCAGCAUCAGCAUGAGCCGUUGAUCUUAACUCAUGGAGUCGCCCGAUCCGCGAGACCAGAGAGUUGCCGUAAUUGGCCUCGGGGCCAUGGGAAUAGUGGCUGUCAAGAACCUUCGAGAAGAAGGGUUUGAUGUCACCGGAUUUGAGCGGAGCAGUUACGUCGGAGGUCUGUGGCACUUUACCGAGGAUGAAGAGACACUGAGCGUCCUUGAGUCAACUGUUGUAAAUGUCUCCAUCGAUCGGGGCUGUUACACGGAUUUCCCCUUUCAAAAGGGAACCCCACCCUUUUGCUCUGCUCAGCAAGUCAACCAAUACCUCGAGAGCUAUGUUGACCAUUUCAACCUGCGACCUCACAUGCGGCUUAAUACUGCAGUUAAGCGUAUUGUAAGAGAAGAGUCAAACAAAUGGAGACUCGACUUUGAAUUCGCACCAUCGGAGUAUUAUGAAAAGGCCGUCAUUGCCACGGGACCGCAUCAUGAGCCCGUGAUGCCGACGAUCCAAGGCGCAAGAUUAUUUUCAGGCAGGAUAAUCCACUCAAAGGCAUUUAAGCGACCAGAUUCCUUCGUAGGAGAAAAUGUCGUUAUUCUUGGACUAGGCAACACUGGAAAUGAUGUCGCUGAAGAAUUGGUCGGCAAGGCUGCCAGCGUUGCCAUUGCCCACAACCAUGGUGCAGUUGUGCUGCCUCGCGAUAUGGACAAGAUUACAGGAACAAAGGGGCUUACCUACCGAUUCUCACGCCUGGUAGGCUUCCUCGAGACAUGGUAUCCCUCAUACUCCGAGUAUUUAUUCGACGAGAAAGCAAAGUUCAUCAUGAACCAGGCGUUUGGGAAAGUAGACCCAUCAUGGCAUCUGGAUCCAGCGCCCUCAAUCAAGGUUGUCAACCCAGUUGUGUCUGACACACUGAUCAACAGACUCAAGACGGGAGAUAUCCAAUCAAUUCCUGGCAUCAAACAGAUUGUUGGACCCAGGAAAGUUGAAUUGCAAGACGGAAGAGUCAUUGAAGCCGACGCCAUCAUCUGCUGCACUGGUUACAAGUACGGCUUCAACUUGCUUGACCCGCAAGUAAGCCCUACUGCUGAGAAGUCCUCAGCUUGGCUUGAUGCAGCCGGGUCCAAGGGCCGUCCUCUCCCAAGACUGUACCAGAAUGUCUUCUCUCUGAAAGAACCUGACUCCCUUGCCUUCCUCGGCUGUGCUUGGUUCGUCACCAGCGCUUUCUCGCUUGCCGAUAUCGCGAGCAUGUGCAUCGCACAGGUGUGGGCAGGACACACGAAACUACCGGCUCAGUCAGAAAUGGAGAAAUGGAUGGAUCGGCAGGAGAAGCGAAUCAGUAGCCUUGCGCAGCGAGGUACAGUCAUCCCAGCAUCCGUAUCAGCGCGAGACUGGUUGAUCUGGGCCGACAAGACGGCGGGGAUGGGCGUCGAGGAGCAUCUUGGCUGGGGCUGGAAUGGAUGGCUUUUCUGGCUGAAGCAUGGAAGCUUGUGGAAGAUGCUCAUGGAUGGGCCGCAAACUGCAGCGGUCUGGAGACUGUUUGAUGGGAGACGAAGGAAGUGGGAUGGAGCGCGUGCCGAAAUUGAGCAGGCGAACGCCACCAACGUCGACGAGGAUAAGAACAAGCAAGACUGAUGAAGUUGACGAUCAAUGAAUUGUUUGAGUUGGGAGGGGGAUGUGCAUUUAUUAGCAUAGCGCAACGUAUCUAACGUCUUAAUAUUGCAUGAUCGAUCUUUAUGCUCAGAGAGC